AUCUGCGGCACUUUUCACGAGCUUUAAGCGCAUGCGCGCUGAAGUGAGCGUGACUUGUUCUUCAGAAUGCUACAACUGUGGAUUUGAGAGGAAAAUAAAUUAACAGGUUAUUCGAAAUUAUGCACUUUCCUCAGUGCGUGUUGAACCAGUAAAUAAUGCUGUAGAAAUACUCAUCCACUAUGCUGAGUCGCCUUCAGGAACUCAAAAAGGAAGAGGAGACUCUACUGAAAGUUAAAAUCAUGCUGCAAGAUCAGCUCAACAGACUUAAGUUUGAGGAAGGGACUCUGAAGUCAAUGAUAAAUGCUCAGUCUGAAGAAAGCCCAAAUGAAGUAUCUGCCCCUGAGGUGGAAGUCAACCUAGACGAUGAGACUGAGAUCAAUCAGACCAAACUAAUAUUAAGUGCGCAAACAGACUAUGACAUGGAAGAAGAAGAGGAGGAGGAAGAGGAUGAUGACGAGGAUGAUGAUGCAGAUGGCGACCUCGAUAUGGUGCUAGAAGAUGAGGAAGACGACGAUGACUACUGACUGUGCCUGCAAAGACAGCCUUAUCAUUUACUCCUUGUUUAGGUGUGUAGUCUGCACAUUUGGCAUGCUGAUAGAGACUACAAAUGUCUCUCCGUCUUAGAUUGGUGUUGCUUUAGAUAAACUGUUGGUUCACCCAUCUGUAAAAUCCUCCAGAAGUAUGUGUAGCACAAAUACAACUCCUUCUAUUACUGUGCUGUUGGCCAAGCCUGCACUUUAUGUGUUUUUUAAACACAUAUAAAUGAAAGAUUGCACCAAUUCUAUUUCAUGGUGUUCACCGAGUGAUGCUGUACCAUAUAGGCUUUAUUUAAUAUUCUAUUGUAUUGCUUUCAGAUUGAAUUCAUUAUUAUUAUGAUGCUGAUGAUAAGUAUUGUGUAAGUUCAUUUGUGAAGUAGCAGAGGUAUUUUUUCCUAUUUGGAUGACUGUGUGGAAUAGGUUGUGUAUGCAUGGGCAUGACAAUUGUUCUAGCUGAGCUAGUAUUAUAACUUUUUGUACUUCAGGUUCAGCAUUGUUAAUGUACAGAGAGUUAGAGAAAAGCCUCUUUUCUGCUGAUUUUGAAGAAGGUGCUUAGUGUAAUGGCAUUUAAAAACACUUAGACUUAGCACUGCUUCUUUAACAGAGUGAUGCAGUUUGUUUGGUUGGGUGUUUUGGUGUUGCCUUGAUGUAAGUGUAUGACGUGUGAAUGAUUUUUUUACAUUACACCUAAUAAAGGUACAUGCUAAUAAAGGCAAGUAUGAUGAUCAGGCAGCCGCAUUUCCUCUGUUGGCCAGUAUUAUUAAUCUAAUAAAGUACAGUUUCUGUGACAGUA